AUGGCUUCUCCAUUUCAGGUAGGCCUUAUUAUGCAGGGUCUGCCAUCAAUAAACUCCGGUUUAUUACCAAGCGUAACAAAGGCCUUUUCGGCCACUUGGGCGCAACUUACGAAAAGUAGUGAGGCUUCGAAGAGGACCAUUUAUGCGCAAACUGCGCCCUUGGUUAAAGAAGAGGCUCAACAUCAAAAGAUCAAUGAUUCUGUGGCGGAACUACCCGCUUUUCUCAAGGCUUACCCGGGACUACGCAACCAACAUGUAUUCCCAAGCUUCAAUGGUACACCUAUGCUCGCUGGUCAAAUCCUACGUUCUGCAUUCGGAAAUUCUCGGGCUUCGGCAUUCUCCACUUCAACUGGCGCAACUCGACACCUGACCUCUCCCCCGGCAUCACCGUUCAACAAGAUCCCACCCCCGGUUCCCAGGCUCCCAGGUCAAUCUUUUGCUCGCGGGUUCUUAUCGUUUUCCGGUCUUUCUCAGAAUGCACUUUACCGCGCCGAACAAGCUGCAAACAACAACCCCCAGAAUGCCGCCGCACAGGAAAAAUUCUAUGAAACGCUUCUCCGCGCAAAUCUUCCGCAGUACGUUAUCGAUCGCUACCAAAUUGGCCAAUAUGCAACUAGUAGGGCAUGUGAGGAUAAAUACAUCAAGGCACUUGAACGCACUGGUCAAUUCGAAAAGGCACGCCUUGUAGCUGAUCGCCGUGGCGAUUUUGUUGAAAAUCCUGCGCUGAGUGGUGAGGAAAUUCAAGCUAUUGGUCAGGCUGUUGCUGCUCAGAGCCGUGGUGGAAACUUUGCCAUGUCACGUGGAAAUGCAACUUCGGGCUACUCUGGUACUGGAGCAAGGGAAACACCGAUUCAUGUGGUUGUCGAUGAAUCUAUCGGCGGAACAAUCUUUAAGUGGAUCAAGUUCUUGUUUUACUUUGGGUUAACAGCUUAUUUCCUCCUCGUCUUCCUUACUUUGGCUAUUGAAGCUACAGGGAUGAUGAAAAAGGUUGCUGGGACUAACUCAAACGAAGCACAAGCUGCCCAGCAAACCGCCCGUUUCAGUGAUGUCCAUGGCUGCGAUGAAGCAAAAGAGGAACUACAAGAACUUGUGGAAUUUUUGAAGGACCCUACGCAAUUCUCUACCCUAGGCGGUAAGCUACCGAAAGGUGUCCUCCUUGUGGGUCCCCCUGGUACUGGAAAAACUCUUCUUGCUCGUGCGGUCGCCGGUGAAGCCGGGGUCCCGUUCUUCUUUAUGUCUGGAUCAGAAUUCGACGAAGUCUAUGUCGGCGUUGGCGCCAAGCGUGUUCGCGAACUAUUUGCUCAAGCCCGCGCAAAAGCUCCUGCAAUUGUAUUCAUCGACGAGCUCGACGCAAUAGGCGGAAAACGUAAUGAACGCGACGCAGCAUACGUUAAACAAACUCUCAACCAGCUCCUGGUAGACCUUGAUGGAUUCUCUCAAAACAGUGGCGUCAUUUUCCUGGCUGCUACAAACUUCCCUCAAUUGCUCGACAAGGCACUUACCCGACCUGGUCGCUUUGACCGGAAUGUUACUGUACCACUUCCCGAUGUCCUUGGCAGAAUUGCAAUCCUAAAACAUCAUACCAAAGCUAUCCAAGUAAACCCUACAAUCGACCUCUCCAUUCUUGCCCGCGGCACUCCCGGUUUCUCUGGAGCGGAGCUGGAAAAUAUGUGCAACCAAGCCGCUGUUCGCGCAAGUCGUCAGAAGGCUACAAGUGUCCGAAUGGAAGAUUUCGACUGGGCAAAGGAUAGGAUCAUGAUGGGUGCGGAGCGACGUUCUGCGGUUAUCCCGCUCGAAGAGCGCAAAAUGACGGCUUAUCAUGAGGGAGGACACGCCCUCGUUGGGAUGUUCACUGAGGGUCACAUGCCGGUCUACAAGGUAACCAUCAUGCCGCGUGGGCAGGCACUCGGUGUUACACAUUUCUUGCCAGAAGGGGACAAGUAUAGCUGGAGUAAGAAACAGAUAUUGGCACAUAUUGAUAGUUCCUUGGGUGGAAAAAUCGCGGAAGAGCUUAUUUACGGUACUGAUAAUGUCACGGGGGGUUGUAGCUCGGAUCUUAUGGCAGCCACCCGCUACGCUCGUCGUAUGGUAAUGGAACUUGGAAUGUCACCUGUUGUCGGUGACGUUAAUAUGACAGAAGACUACCAACACCUCUCGACAAAAACCAAAGAACUAAUUGAGACGGAGGUUCGUCGUAUAAUUGAAGAAUCACGCGCCCGCGUAACCACUAUCCUGAAGGAACACCGUAAAGAGCUUGACCUUCUUGCAAAGGCUCUCGUUGAGUAUGAAAGUCUGAGUUAUGAUGAAAUGAAGAAAGUCAUCGCAGGCGAAACUUUACCCCACAAACUCAAAAUCCUUCCAAAUGUACCUAUAAAAUUGCCAGAGACCGGGGGGACCUUUGCUCCGCCACUUGAAGGGAGUGGAGCAGCGGCAAAGAACGGGGAGAAGGAAUUUUAG